AUGGUAAACUUCCGUCUACUUUCGGUUUGUCUUUUUCUCGCGUUUUUAAGUUGUACUAACUCAAAAUCUCUUAAUGUUUUCGAGUUUCAUCAAUCUAAUUCAACUGUAAGAUCACCUGCUUCCCUGAAAUUAAGAAUACAAGAGGGUCUUUAUAAAUUAAAUGGUGCUGAGUCUGGACUUACGAAGUUUUCACAUCUUUCUCAGGAAGAAUUUGAAAAACAAUACCUGAGUGACUUAAAAGAAACACACUUUAAAAUCCCAACAGUACAGAGAAAGAAAAAUUUGUUCAACAACUUACCAAAAAAAAUUGACUGGAGGAAUAAGGAAGGAGUGAGUUAUGUGUCUCCUAUUAAAAAUCAAAACAAAUGUGGAGGAUGUUGGGCUUUCAGUACAACAGAGACUGUGGAAUCUAUGUACGCAAUUUCACACAAUGUCACUCCCCCCCAACUCAGUGUACAGGAAGUCAUUGACUGUUCCGUCGGUAACGAUGGAUGUUCGGGAGGCAACACUUGCACUGCUUUAGCAUGGUUGAAUAAUAGUCAGUCGCUCUUGGUUUAUGAGGAGGAGUACCCCCUGACAGACACCUCUGAUUACUGUAAACUCUUGACCAAAUCCUCCAGAGGAGUGACUGUCACAAACUACACCUGCAAUAGAUUUGUAGGAAAUGAGGAAGAAAUGCUGUAUAGGUUGGCCCACGUGGGUCCUCUGAUCGUGGCGGUAGAUGCCACCACCUGGAACCACUACCUAGGGGGAAUCAUUCAGUAUCACUGUGGUAUCAGGCUUAACCAUGCGGUGCAGAUUGUAGGGUAUGAUCUGACAGGAGAUGUACCAUUUUACAUAGUGAGGAAUUCAUGGGGAACUGAUUUUGGAAACAAUGGGUACCUUUAUAUCAAAUAUGGAGAAAAUGUGUGUGGGAUAGCAACAGAAGUUUCAAUUGUUAGAGUCUUAUGAUGUACCUUACAUAGUCAUGAAGUACCAAAGUUGACCACUCGUGAAAACAAAUGAAAGAAGGACUACUGAAAAGCCUAGAAUUUUCAUCAACUAUUUAAGAUGUUUGUCAGGAAUGUGUAUUUGGAGAAAAUAUCUUUGAAUAUAAGAUAAACAUAUUUUUAAACAUACAACUCAAUAACCUUUAUAUACAUAUUGAGGUUGAUGAAUUUUUGUGUUAUGAAAUUAAAAAGUUAGGCUGUAAUUUUAUAAAAUAGCACAUUAACAAACACAAAUCUAAAAGUGUCUUCACUUUUUGUUCUUUUUUACAUAUAUUAUUAACAUCAUGUGUGGGAGAAUAUAUAUUUACCAUGCCAAUACUUGAAUUGUUUGAUUUUUCAUUUUUUUUGUUGUUACUUCAUUAUAGUCAUGUACAUCCAGCAAUUUUUGAGAGGAAUUAUUUAUUUGCUGAAAGCACCAUCAUGCUGUCUUCCAUUUUCUUUGUAUGAAUUAGCUUACUGGUAUAAAUGAGGUUCCAAUUGUCUCACUUUUCACAUUUACCAAUAGAUAGAUAUUUACCAUGAGGUACAUGUUAAUUGAUACAAACAAGAUUUUAUAAGGUCAACAAAUUACUAGUAUAUUUUUUCUCUAUUGAUUAUGUAAUGAUCUUUUUACUAUACUCCGUUUUUGCCUUUGAAAAUAGCCCUAUGAUAGAAAACUAUAUAGUAAGAUUUCUGUUUGAGAGGUUAUAAUAUUCUUUAAUAAAAGUUGAUUUAAAUGAUUUAAAAAGCUUGAGUUG